AUGGAUUUGUUGAGCUCACGGUUGGAUACUUCUUACAACGGUGGAGUUCGGAUUUCCGGUUCUCAAGCUUCACGUUGUGCCAGCUGCACGAUGCGUGCUGCGUUUGGCAGAAGCGAAGUGGAAUAUUCUCGAUUGGUGUCCAAGUCCAGUGCUAAACUACUCGAUUCGCUUUGGGACAAGAAGCUGAUACCAGAAGAUGGGUGGCCAGAUCACGCUUUGGAAUUGUUCCUGUCGUGGCUCGCCUGCCAUGACACUAACAACCGUGUGGACAUGGUAUUAGGGUUUUACAAUCUUGUUGAGGACGACCUCGAAAAGUCUGUCGACAGACUUGGCAAAGUUACUAUAUCGGAGCAAAUUGCUAUGAUCGUUCCAAAUCACACUCGUUCUAGCCUCACUCAUGGAAUCGGACGCAGCGGUAACAUUGCCGACAUCCAACCGAAAGCUCUCGGCUCAUCGAUGCUUGCUUGUGUUACAUCAUGCAAAGCCGCUCUCGUCGUCCCCAUAUGCACUGGGAUGGCGCUAUCGUUGUGCAUGGGCUCAUGGAGGCGAUUGAGACCCGAAGCAAAAUACGUUCUAUGGCUACGAGUUGACCAGAAAUCAUGCUUCAAGUCUAUUUUCCAUGCAGGGUUUGAGCCAUUGAUAGUUGAUCCUGUACGUGAUGGCGACGCCUUAGUGACAGAUAUAGAAACCGUUAAUAGGAUUUUGGAGCAGCGUGCCGAUCAGGUAGCUUUGAUUAUGGUGAAGCUUUUUUGGCCUCAACAUAAAGAAACUUUGAGCUGGUUAGAUUGA